UCUACAGUAGUUUGUAGAAACUAUUUCUCGUUUAUUGUGGCAUACUCCUUAAGCACCUUCAAGCCCAUUUCUGUUCAUGUCUGUUUGUUCUGCUCUCCUGUCCUAGAGAUCGGAAAUAUGAGCUCUGAUGAUGUACAUCGUUGGACUUAUUUCUGGGUUCAUUAUAAACACAACUGAGAAUACUUAAGUAACAGAAAUUACAGAAGGAGGAGUACAAAGCUGUAUGUAGAAUUAGUGAAACAAUGAGAGAUGGGAACUCGAAGAAAAGCAAGCUCUCAUGGUCCAAGACUCUUGUGAGGAAAUGGUUCAAUAUCAAGAGUAAAGCUGAAGACUUUCACGCUGAUGAUAUUGUUUACGGAGGUGGUGAUGAAGAACCGAGGAACAGCUUCUCAGAGAGGGAGGCAUACACGAUCAAGAAAAGCAAAACUGAGAGAUUGAGCAGGAGCUCUGAUCGGUUCCGUCGGGGGAAGAUUGAUGUUGAUACUGCUGAGGUUACAGAUGUGCAGAACUACAGGAUCUUUGUAGCUACAUGGAAUGUGGGUGGAAAAUCACCACCUAGUUACUUGAAUCUUGAAGAUUGGCUCCACACCUCACCUCCUGCAGAUAUUUAUGUUCUUGGAUUUCAAGAAAUUGUUCCCCUGAAUGCCGGGAAUGUUUUAGGCUCAGAAGACAAUGGACCUGCAAGGAAGUGGCAGGCUCUCAUCCGAAGGACUCUUAACAAUAUCCCUGGCACCAGCGGAAGCGCAGGUUACCACACGCCUUCUCCAAUCCCUGAUCCAAUUGUAGAAUCGGUUGCAGAUUUUGAAGGUUCAAUGAGACAGAAGGCCUCUUCUUUCCUACCGCGCCGGUCAUUCCAGACAAGUCGUAGCAUGAGAAUGGACUAUGACAUUUCAACCCUGCAUCCCCGGCUUGAUCGACGAUUCAGUGUAUGCGAUCGGGUUAUUUUCGGUCACAGGCCGAGUGAUUAUGAUCCCAAUUCCAGAUGGGGUUCAUCUGAUGAUGAAAAUGGGCCUACGGAUUCCCCGAGUACCAUCUUCUCACCAAUGUCCUAUGGGGGUUCCACAUCCAUGGAGGACAGAGAGAGACCAUCUGGGCACUCAAGGUACUGCCUAGUUGCGAGUAAGCAAAUGGUUGGGAUAUUUCUCACAAUCUGGGUGAGGAGUGACCUGAGGGAUGAUGUACGGAAUAUGAAAGUUUCAUGUGUAGGCAGGGGAUUGAUGGGUUAUCUUGGAAACAAGGGCUCAAUCUCGAUCAGCAUGUCUGUACACCAAACUAGCUUCUGCUUCGUCUGUAGUCAUCUAACCUCUGGACAGAAAGAAGGUGAUGAACUAAGAAGAAACUCUGAUGUCAUGGAGAUCCUGAGGAAGACAAGGUUUCCACGUGUUCAAAGAGUAGGGGAUGAGAAAUCGCCUGAAACAAUCCUCGAUCAUGAUCGAAUUAUAUGGCUUGGGGAUUUGAAUUACCGAAUUGCUCUAACUUAUCGCUCUGCAAAGGCUCUUGUGGAGAUGCACAACUGGAGGGCAUUGUUAGAAAAUGAUCAGCUUCGGUUAGAACAGAGACGAGGUCGUGUAUUCGACGGAUGGAAUGAGGGAAGGAUAUAUUUUCCCCCCACCUACAAAUAUUCAAACAAUUCAGACAGAUAUGCAGGGGAUGACAUGCACCCUAAAGAGAAGCGACGAACACCUGCGUGGUGUGAUCGCAUCUUGUGGUAUGGAAGGGGCCUCCAUCAAUUAUCAUAUGUUCGUGGGGAGUCUAGAUUCUCGGAUCAUAGACCAGUUUAUAGCAUUUUCUCAGCUGAAGUCGAGUCCAUCAGCCGUAGCCGUUUUAAGAAAAGCAUGAGUUGCUCUAGUUCCAGAAUUGAGGUAGAAGAGCUGUUACCAUACUCACAUGGAUACACUGAACUUAGUUUCUUUUGAAUGCUGGAAGGAACAAAUAAAGACCCAAAUUCAAGUAUCCACGGAUUUGUCUACAGAGAGAAUAAAAUAGACAGUUUUGCGCUUGGGAAUGCUUCCCUUCUAUGUAUUCAGACGAUCUUCGAAGAAUUGAAGGAAUUACUAUUGUUUUUUUUUUCUUAUCAAGGUAAAGUAUCGAAACAUGGGAAACAUUUCAGCCAAUUCUUGACUUCUUGUGAAUGUUUCUCAUAAUUGGAGUGUUUAUUAUGUUGUAUAACCAGACUUUCAUGGAAUCAUUGGAUUCAGCUAAAGAACUCUCAUCAAUCCUUUGAAGUCCAAACAUGGAACUUCUCCUUUCUCAAUCAGGCUGUCUCAAAGAAACACUCACUCUUGUAUUGAAGGGGUGACGGUCUGACGGAGACAUUUCCGUCCCCCACAAGCCAAAAAAGAUGUAUAUAUUUUCAGUUUUGGUGAUAAUCAGCCCAAUACACAAGGCAGUCUACAAUUGUUUUCAUCAGACAUAAUCUAGUUAGCAAAUACUUGGAUGGUAACAGUUACUUUUGGGUCCUUCAAGAUGUGUUCUUAUCAGGACAAACUUGCCCAAGUGACUUGGUGAAAGAGUAUAGCUUUUGUUAGUGGACUAUUUGAUUUUUUCUUUUCUAUAUAUAUUUUUUGGUUAAUCAUUGGAUGAGGAUGAGAUUAUUCUUUUUGUAAGAAGAUGAAACUGGAGAAUAGUCAAAAUAAUCAUAUUGGGAGGACUUUGGGACGGGGGGUUGUUCAGUUGUAAUUAUGAUUUUAGGGUCCAGAGAGGGAGAGAGAGAGAGAUAACAAAAAUUUGUGAUGGAGAACAUUCAUGGAGGCAGUGAUGUAACAUAAGAAAGAAAGAAAUAAAAAGAAGAAAGAGAAAAAAAAAAAAGGGGAAAGAAAUUUGAAGUUUGAUAUCAUCACAAGGAUCUGAAGUUGUUUGGCAUGUGAUGUCUUUGUUGUUGGUUCUGCUACUUCUGCAACUGCUAAUGAUUUUACUGAAAAAAAGGCUGUUUUGUUGAUUACA